AUGCAGAAACAGGCCCUCAUCAAGCUCUUCCUCUUCCUCGUCGCCACCUCCCAGGCGGCGCCCCUCAACGCCGGCAACCUGGCUGCCCGCGGCACCAAGGACCUCCUGGACCUGAAGAUCGACCUGAGCCCCGUCUCCGGCCUGCCCGUCACCGACCCCGGUCUCACCCGCCGCCAGAACUACGGCACCGCCCCGUCGACCAAGGCCACUUCCUCCGGCGCGGACGAGCCCUCGUACGGCGCCACCCAGCCCGCUUCUGAGUCCGACGUCGACGGCGCCUCCUCGUCGUCCGACUCCGACUCCGACAAGGAGCCCGCGUACGGCGCCGAGGAGUCCGACUCGGACUCGGAUUCUGACUCGGACUCUGAUGACGAGACGGAGGCGGAGACCGACGGCGCGGACAGCAGCGCGCAGAAGAACACGGAUACCACCACCACCACCACCACCCCCGCGGCUGCGGAGCCCAGCUACGGCGCCUCCCCCGUCGACACCUCGGCCGGCCCGAUCAACCCGCCCUUCGCCCUGCCGCCGGUCGAUCUGGAUGCCACGACGGACGUCGUGACGGGCGGUGAUGAGGAGGAGAAGAGCACCACCACCACCACCACCAAGACCACCACCACCGAGGACAAGCCGGCGGCCAAGGAGGAGGAGAAGAAGACUGAGAGCAGCACUGAGGGCGAGACGGGCAACACUACGUCAAAGGAGCCGUCGUACGGUGCUACCGGUUCGCAGAAGACGACUACUGCUCAGAGCACGGAGGGCGAGACUUCGGAGCCGUCGUACGGUGCUACUGGUGCGCAGAAGACGGAGAGCGGUGCGGAUGGUGAGAGCGCCGGUGCGCCGACGUACGCAUAA